AUGACUUAUCAAAACCCAAUAGAGAUCGAUGAUUGCGACGACUAUCGCGUGUUUGAGGACAAGACUUCGUGUAUUUCUUCGGUAACCGAAAACAAAGACGGGUUUCAUGUUCCUCCCAAGCUACCUCAAUCUUGUAUAGACGCGGACAGACAAUACGAAAGCCAUCCUGUUAUGGAAAAAGAUAGAUGCAAAAAUCAAGUUUUCAAAAAACACGAUCUGCUUCGAAAAAGGAGAGAAGUGUGGAACGAGAUUGAGAAGGUGAACGAGGAGGCGGAACAACAGAGAAUACAAGGCAAGAAUUUAAGGUACAAAGAAAACCCGUCUCAACAAGGCGUAUUGGUGAUUACACCUGACGAAGACUCAUCCGACGACAGAAAGGUGCCACACGAUGUCAUCGAAAUAAGCGAGAAUUCUGACAACAAGGAGGUUAACGAAGAAGACCCUGUGUUAAGUGAACCAAUAAUUUCAUUAAGAAACACAGAGAUUAUCGAUUUGGUAGAUUGCAGCGACGACGAAAAGAGCGAUAGUGAAGAUGACUGUGUGUUGGUAAAUGUGUUCCGACCAACAGUGAAGAAAGACGAACACGAGAAAAUAAAUGACGUGACAGACAGAACUGAUAUAACUUGCAGAAGAGUGUUUAGUAUUGACGGAGAAAGAACACGAAUAAGAGAAGACGCGAUGCACAUUGAAGUUUUGCAAGAAGGGGUUUUCGAGGUCGGGAUACACAGCGUCGACUGCACCAACUUAUUGAGUUUUGACAAGGGAGGUGCGAUUUCGUUGAUGAAAAUGUGCCAAAAAGGGAGUAAUAUCGAGUUUGUUAAAAGGAAUGACAAAGUAACAAUGUCACUUGAUGUCGGGAAACAGAGAAACACGAUUAGCUUGGUGAUGAAGUGCGAUCAGAACGGAGACAUCAUCGAGCAACCCGUUUUAUGCCAGUCGUUUAUCGCAUCAAGAGGAAAUCUAACGUUUGUUCAAUUUGAAAAUUUGUUGACACGAUUUCCAAAUCCAGAAAACUGUGGGUAUAAUUUUCAAAACACGCAAGAGUUUGGCAGAAUUUGGAACACAUCAAUUUACCAACUGAAAAUGGACGGGCAGAACUUGCACGACGUUGUGGGGUUUCAGUUUAGUAAAGCAAAAAAUGAAUUGAUGAUGGGCGAGAGAUUGGUGAGGGACAUCGGACUGUUUCUUGGAAAGUACAUUGGGCAAUACUUGGUGAAGGUGUAUAACAGGUACGCGUUUGUGAAGUAUUAUAGUGGAAAACCAUUUGCGACGUUUCGAAGCCCACUUAGAAAAUUGGGCGAUUAUUUUGUGUUGAAACAACUUGUUUGUGCAAUGCAUCACAUGAGCUGGGAGCAAAUGGCAAAGGACUUAAUUGGUGGGAGUUUGGAAGACUUGCGUGAGCUUAUCUAUACGUAUCGCAAGUAUACAUAA